AUGGCUACCAGAACGGGUUCGACCGGCGCGGCCACCUAUGCCGACUGCGUUGACUCGCUGCGCAACUCUCUCAAAUUCCUCGAGGCCUCCGUGGAGACGAUUGACCGUGGCGUAUCUGACUUCCCUCGCCUCGUGAACGUCCUCAAGACAGUCCGACAUUACGAACUCAUUCCCCAGCCCACACUCGCUGCUGCUGAGGCUUCCCUGCGCGACGAAAUUGGGCCCUAUAUCGCCUUUCUCCUCAGUCGCGCCGACGCUCAAGUCGAACGCCAGGAACGCCGCAUUGAGACGCUUAAAGCGAGAGCGGAGUUACAGCAAGGACGGCUAACGAGGCCUGACGAACCAGCACGCAGCGCAUCAAGGCCUGCUUCUGCAAGGAGCCGGCAGCUCCGAGGCGAGGACAAGCUGAGAGCUCGGAUUGUGCGCCAGCGUGCACGGCUGGAGACACCCAAAGGCAGUGCCCUUGCGCCCUUGCCUUUCACCCUCCUCAACCACCACGACAACGCCGGCAGGAUCGGCUUUCACGAUGCCUUUGUCUCCGCGAAAUCUUGCCCGCAUACCGGUCUGACGAGCAAUGUCCGCCCUCCGAUUGCGCUUGAGCAAACCUGCCUCUUGCGCGCACGCGUAGAGGCCGCCAUGUCUCGCCCUAUCAGCUUUUAG